AUGGAUAUGCCAACGACCAUUCAAGAAACCCGCGAUGACAGUCGUGCGAUACGCUUGCGCAAAGUCUUCAAGACCGUUCUUAGCGGUAAAAGAAGCAUCGCAGAUUCUGGCAUCGCGAAGUUGUUCCUCGAAGCUGUCCGGAACCAUGAGAACCCGAGCACUUGUAUUGAAGAAAUCUUGGCCAGCAAACAUGGGCUGGCUGCAAUACGAUCGAGCGUCCGCGUUGAUCUUUCUGUUCCCUUCCUUCAGGAAUAUACGUUGGGGCUCGUCCAGUAUCUAUCUCAUCCCUCAAUCCGAACAUUAUCUGAUGGCCAAUUUCUGUGGCAGAUAUUGUUGUCGAUCGUGGAGCCUCCAACGGUGUGGAAUGCAUUGAACAAUGUCUUCAAACAAUUCGAGGAACAUUGGCUAGAGCCUUUUGCUUGGAUUGCACUGGAGCUUCUUUCUAAUACCACUGAUCAAGCUCCUGAUGUUUGUGCAGAUGUGCAACUCAUUCUCGCUUCCGGCAGACUACAAAAGGCGGACUCACAUGCUCUUCGUGAUGUGGCUUACAAACUCCAGAAGCUCAUCGUCACCAGAACUCAGCCUGAAUCAAGUCCCAACGGGUACUCCCCUGGAGGAAGGCAUGACAACGACUUUGCCGACUUCCGAAAGAUAGAGAUAUACCCGACUGCUGACGAAUUACUCUCCACUGAAAAGCCCUACUAUCUGCGCUUGGACGAGGCUUUCCAAGCGGAACCAUCGACCAUUGCAAACAUCCAUCUCGACAAUCAAUUCCGCUUGAUGAGAGAAGACAUGCUCGCCGAAAUCCGAUAUGAUCUACAAGUCGCAACGGAGAAGAAGAAGGGGCGACGCCGAGCGCUAAACCUCGAAGGCCUCUUUCUUUCUGGAAUUGAUUGCGGAAAUGAGCGCCGCGGAAAAUUGGUUUCACUGAUCCUUUCUUGUGAGAAAGGCAUUGAGGACUUGAGAAAGAUUCCACAAGCUCAACGACGCCAGUUCCUGAUUGACAACAAGAACUACUUGAAACAUCAGUCAUUUGGCGCUCUCAUGUGUGGCAAUCAAAUCCUCGGAUUCGCCUUUCUCCAAAGAGAACUGGACCUACUCUGCAAAGAGGAGCCACAAAUCUGUCUUCAGUUUACCAAUCGCCAGAAUCUGAAGACUGCGCUUCAGAUGCUGCGGACUCCGGCAAACUUGCAUUUCGUCGUCGUCGACACCCCGGUGUUCGCACAUGAGCCUGUGCUAGAGGGUUUGAAGGCGCUUCGCGAAUUGCCUCUGGGAGACGCACUCAUUCGUCCUGCAUCAACAGAUAUGCAAACGGAGAUUUCUGUCGCACCCCAACUUCAGCAAGCUAUAAGCAGACUCCAGUCCAUGGAAACCGAGGGCUGCGUCAUCAAGCUUGGUGCCAAGAAUGUGCGAGUAGAUCAAUCUCAGAUAAGCUCGUUCGUGGCUGCCAUUAGCCAGAGAGUCUCUCGCAUCCAAGGCCCUCCAGGCACUGGGAAGUCGUUCGUGGGUUCGUGGAUAGCAAAGACGUUAUUCGACUGUUCCGACCUUCGCAUCUUUGUCAUAAGCUAUACAAACCACGCGCUGGAUCAGUUCCUGGAGGAACUACUCGAUGUUGGAAUUCCGGCUACGAAAAUGGUCAGGCUUGGUUCCAAGUCAACCGAUCGCACCGCAGGCCUGCUUCUGUCUCAGCAGAAAGACGUCUUUCAGCGGUCCAAAGAUUCAUGGCAUAUCAUGGAUGCUCUCAAGGUGGAAAAGUACGAGCUGGAUGACAGACUGAAGGGCACAUUCGAGACUUACAAGCAAUUCACAGCUUCGUUCGAGGUUCUAAUGGAGUACCUGGAGUUCUCUGAAGAUUAUGAGAAGUUUCACCGAGCUUUUCAGGUUCCCCGUGGCGAGCAAAGUUGGAAGAGAGUCGGCAAGAAAGGCAAAGAAAUUCGGCCAGACUAUCUUUUCUCUCGCUGGUUGGAUGGAAAAAGUCCAGGUGUUUUCACCAACAAUGUGGCAGCAGAUUGUGAAGAGGUAUGGGACAUGCAGACGCCAAAGCGCAAAGCUAUCCAUGGCAAAUGGAUCCAAGACAUCAUGGAGGAGCAAUCAGACGAAGUUGAGCAGGUUGCGCAUGAGUUCAAUUCCAUACAAGAGAAUUUGGACGACAUGUACAACGAAAGGACCAUCAACAUUUUACGGUCUCGACGCCUAAUUGGUUGUACAACUACUGCCGCAGCCAUGUACAACAAGGUUAUUCGAGCCGCUGAACCAGAUGUUGUAAUUGUUGAAGAGGCUGGCGAGAUUCGCGAGGCACACAUCUUGACCGCCUUGGCACCUUCGGUGAAACAGCUGAUCUUGAUUGGGGAUCACAAACAACUGCGACCAAAGGUGGACAAUUAUGCCUUGACAGUUGAGAAAGGCGACGGCUACAAUCUCAACAUGUCCAUGUUCGAGCGGAUGAUUCUUCAAGGUCAUGGCUACACUACUCUGUCCAAACAACAUCGAAUGCACCCCGAGAUAUCGUGCUUACCUCGGGCGCUCACGUAUCCCAGCCUCUUGGAUGGACCGUUCACGUCAGAGCACCCCUUCAUAAGGGGUCUCCAAGACAGAGUCAUCUUUGUCGACCAUGAUCGACCUGAAACUGCAAGCGCUGUCCUAAGCGACAAACAGGACUCCAAGACAAGUUCGAGCAAACAAAAUGAUUUCGAGGCCCAAAUGGUUCUCCGAUUGGUAAGGUACCUUGCGCAACAGGGCUAUGGUACGGACAAGAUGGUGGUUCUCACACCGUACUUGGGUCAACUCCGCCUACUGCGAGACAUAUUGAAGCAAGAGAACGACCCCAUUCUCAAUGACCUUGACUCAGCACCAUUGAUACAAGCCGGUCUCCUGACCCAAGCAGCGUCCAAGGUUGGAAAACGUCCGCUUCGACUUUCAACCAUUGAUAACUAUCAAGGUGAGGAAAGCGACAUUACCAUCAUUUCUCUUACCCGAAGCAAUGCACAAGGUGAUAUUGGAUUCAUGUCGGCACCAGAACGCCUCAAUGUCAUGAUUACGAGAGCAAGAAAUUGUCUCAUCAUGAUCGGAAAUGCGCGCACUUUUAUGGACAGUAAGAAGGGCACGAAGACGUGGAAUCCAUUCUUUCAAAUCCUCAAGGACCGGGAGCACCUAUAUGAUGGGUUCCCAGUCAAAUGUGAGCGUCACCCAGAGAAAAAGGCCAUCCUGAGUGUGCCUGCAUCCUUCGACACCCAUUGUCCCAACGGUGGAUGUGCGGAACCUUGCGGCACGCAGUUAUCUUGCAGACUCCACAUUUGCCAGCGUCGUUGUCACCUAGUAACUGACCACACCAAAGUUGAGUGCACUCAGCUCUUGACGAAGACAUGCAAUAGGCAACAUGAGAUCCGUAUUCCUUGUCACAAGUCCAAAUCGUCUUGCUACAAAUGUAUCAGUGAGGAUCGGGAAACAGAGAGACGUGCGAAGCGUGAUCUUGACCUAGAACGCCGAAGGGCUUCACAACAAGCUGUUUACGCAAAGGAGUUUCAGGAGAUCCAGGACGAGAUUGACCACGAACGACGCACCAUGAAGUACGCCGCAGAAGAGGAAACACAGAAAUCCCAGCUUGAACAACAACGCCAACAACUGGCUGCCCUGAAAGAAACAGCCCAACGCAAGAAGGCCAUGAAACAGACAGAACAAGCCCGAAAACUACUUGCAACAGAGAAUGCAAAGAAAGCAGAAGUUGAGAAGACAAGGAUGACGCAAAAAAAGUCUAGCGACAUCACUACUGAGUGUUCAGACAGUGCCCAAGGGCAAUGGGAGUACCUCAAACAGUCCGAAGGAGCCAAGAUUAAAUCUCUGGAUCAAUUAAUCGAGAUGAUUGGUCUCGAAAAGGUCAAACUGCAGUUCCUGGACAUCAAGGCUACGGUUGACACCAAGAUACGGCAGAAUGUUGAUUUCUCAAAACAGAGAUAUGGCUGCUCCUUUCUCGGAAACCCAGGUACAGGGAAGACCACCGUUGCUAGACUGUACGCCGAAUUCCUGGCCACACUAGGCGUCAUUCCAAGUUCAAUAUUCGAAGAAACCAGUGGGUCGAAGCUUGCGAACAUGGGGGUUGCUGGGUGUCAAAAUCUGGUAGACACCAUGCUCGAGAAAGGAGGCGGUGUGGUUUUUAUUGACGAGGCAUAUCAAUUGACCUCGGGUAAUAGUCCUGGAGGUGGUGCUGUUGUCGAUUAUCUCCUUGCGGAGGUAGAGAACCUAAUGGGCAAGAUCGUUUUUCUCCUUGCUGGAUACAAGAAGCAAAUGGAGACCUUCUCUGCACACAAUGCUGGAAUUCCUAGUCGCUUUCCGAUUGACAUGGAAUUCGUCGACUACACUGAUGAUGAGCUUCUCAAGAUCCUCAAUCUCAAGAUCCACAAGGGAUGGAAUGGCGCAAUGAAAUGUGAAGAAGGCACUUUCGGCUUGUACUGCCGCAUAGUCGCCAGGAGGAUUGGACGUGGUCGCGGUCAUGAAGGAUUUGGAAAUGCAAGAACCGUGGAGAACGUCCUCGACCAAAUCUCCAGACGCCAGGCCACACGGAUCUCCAAGGCACGACGCAACAAGCUCCAGCCGAAUGAUUUCCUAUUGACCAAAGAAGAUCUCAUCGGCCCAGCUCCUUCAGAAGCCCUGUCGCAUUCGCCAAGCUGGAAGAAAUUGAGCGAAAUGAUCGGACUGGAGUCGGUCAAAGAGACUGUCAAAGUUCUGCUCGACAGUAUUCAAAUCAACUAUCAGCGUGAACUUGCGGAGGAGCCUUUGGUGGAGUACACACUCAACAAGGUCUUCCUCGGGAAUCCGGGAACAGGCAAAACAACGGUGGCCAAGCUGUAUGGCGCAAUACUUGCUGAUCUGGGUCUCUUGUCUAAUGGCGAAGUAGUGGUCAAGAAUCCGUCGGACUUUAUCGGUGCCGUCAUUGGGGGAUCCGAAAAGCAGACCAAAGGCAUCCUUGCAUCCACAAUUGGCAAGGUACUCGUCAUUGACGAAGCAUAUGGUUUGUAUGCAGGCUCCUCCGGGCUGGGCGCGCGGAGUAAUUCUUUCCAAACUGCCGUCAUUGAUACCAUCGUUGCGGAGGUACAGUCAGUGCCUGGCGACGACAGGUGUGUUUUGCUUCUUGGGUAUAAGGAUCAGAUGGAAGACAUGUUCCACAAUGUCAAUCCAGGUCUCAGUCGCCGCUUUCCAAUGUCAACAGCUUUCAACUUUGCGGAUUUCAGUCAGGGUCAACUAGAACAGAUCCUCAACAUGAAACUCAAGCAGAGUGGUUUUCAGGCCACUGGAGAAGCAAAGAAAGUAGCGCUGGAGAUGCUGGACCGCGCACGGAACCGCCCAAACUUCGGAAAUGCUGGCGAGAUUGACAUCAUUCUGAACGAUACAAAGGCACGCCACCAGAAGCGAUGUUCUUCUGGUCAGGCGGCAUCUUCUCAAGUUUUCGAGGCGAUUGAUUUUGACGAAAACUUCAACCGGGCUGAGAAUACCGAGACAAAUGUUUCCAAGCUCUUCGAGGGAACAGUUGGCGCAGAGGAGAUCAUUUCCAAGCUCCAAGGCUACCAGGAAACUGUGCGCGACCUCAAGUCCUUGGAAAUGGAUCCAAAAGAGAGCAUACCAUUCAAUUUCUUGUUCAAAGGUCCACCUGGAACGGGCAAAACAACCACCGCCAAAAAGAUGGGCAAAGUCUUUUACGACAUGGGCUUUCUCGCCACGGCGGAAGUUGUUGAGUGCUCUGCCAGCGAUCUAGUCGCGCAGUACAUUGGCCAGACGGGACCAAAAGUGCGGCAGUGUCUCGAUAAGGCGCUUGGAAAGGUUCUCUUUGUGGACGAAGCUUACCGACUAGCCGAGGGUCAUUUUGCACAAGAGGCAAUAGACGAAUUGGUCGACUCUGUCACCAAGGAGAAGUACUUCAAGAAGCUCAUCAUAAUCCUGGCCGGCUACGACUCGGAUAUUGACCGUCUAAUGACUGUCAACCAGGGGUUCACAUCGCGAUUCCCCGAAACGGUGUAUUUUCGGAGCCUGAAAGAGGACGAGUGCGUUGCGCUACUAGGCAAUGUGCUAUCUGCGCGGCUGAAGAAUCUGAAAACGAAGAACAAUACUUUCGAUUUCUCGAUCCUUCUCACGCCGACGCCGGCAUUCCGGGCGCGAUUGGAAGACUUGUUCUUGAAUCUCAUCCUCCAAUCAAGCUGGGCCAGUGCCAGAGACGUGAAAACACUGGCAAUGGAGGUUUUCAAGAAGGUGAUCAAUCUGAAGAGUACCGGCACUGAGAGACGGUUUACACUCACAGAAGCAAUUGUCAUUGAUGAGCUCCAGUCGAUGUAUCAAGAACGAGCAAAGCGCAAUCUAGCGACCGCGUCUCGCUCUCGAAAUCGGAACAAUAAUCUUCCAGCCUAUCAACCUCGGCCAGAUAUCAGCAGUUCUGUUGCUAGAGACACGUCAGCCGGGAUGCAGUCCAAUGCCAAAGAGGACGGCCCGAGUCCGCCCUCGGACAAUUCCAAGGAUGCGCAAAAGUCAACAAAGAAGCAAGUGCCAAGACCUGACGGGCAUCAAGCUACACGUGACGCCGGCGUGAGCGAUGAGGUUUGGGCACAACUUCAAAAAGACGCCCAGGCCGCACGAGAGCGUAUUGAAGAGACCAAGAGGCUCCGCAUGGAAUUACACACGACUUCGGAGGCCAAUAGGGACAAGAUUGUGAAAAGGCUUUUGGAAGAGGAGCGCAAACAAGCUGAAGAGCUCGCUAUGAAAGAGAAGCUCAAGAUGAUGGGACUUUGUCCCAUGGGAUAUGAUUGGAUCAAGCAGGCUACAGGAUAUCGAUGCGCAGGGGGGUCGCACUUUAUACCAGAUCCGUAA